AUGUACAUAAUUGCUUCUCACAUCAAUGCCUACAACUCAAGUUGCGCCUUCUGGCAUCAAACAUCGUGUUGGAUUCUUAAGCACUUCUUGCCAUCUAAACGAUUACAGGCUUACGGCAUAAAUUUUUCUGAUGCCAAAGAAUCUUUCUUCAUGCAUAUUAAGUCUACUUUGUAUCCCAAACUUUUUACUUUGCUUCUUCUACCACUAAGAGUGAAUAACGAUUCCAUAUUUUAUGUUGUUAUCCAAUGUCUUAGAACGACCAUCAUAUAUAUUUGUUGCUCCAUGACACCAUGUUAUGGACAGUGGGUGGAACUAAAAAUAACAAACGUCAAUGACAAACCAGCAUGCAAUCUAAAAGCUCGAAGCUUUUUUAAAUUAAAUAUUCCCCACCCAGAAACAGAAGGAAACAUUCAAUUAAUUCAUUUUCAUUAUUAA